AUGCAAUUCACUCCAAGAGUUUCCGCCUCCAAGGCCGAAAACAAAGCUCCCAAGACAAAAAAGCAAAGAGCAGCCAAAAGCAAGUCAACUGAGCCAGCCAACAAGAAGAACCUCAAGUUGAUUAAGAAAAUCAAACACCUACUAGGUAAAAUUAAAAAUCUUUUCAGAAGAAGAGACAAGAAGCCUCAGGAAGAAAAGGUAUGCAAGUACAUCGAGGAGUUGAUCAAAACUAUCAAUGAAAACCCUUUCCCUGCUGACUUCAGCUUCAAUGAAGCGAGAUUAGAGAUCAUUUCCCAGGCGAAGUACGAAAACUUUAGAAGCGAAAUCUUAGAGACUAGCACAGUACUCCUUCACGCUAACCCAUAUAAGGAAUUCCCAAGAUUCUUGUGCCAAUCCCAAUUACCUCCAGCUACCGCAUCAUCAACCUAUUCAGAAGGAACUAGAAUCUUCAUUGAAGAAAAACAGGAACAGGAACAAGAUGAACAAGUAAAGAAAAAGGAACAAGAACAAGAUGAACAAGUAAAGAAAAAGGAACAAGAACAAGAUGAACAAGUAAAGAAAAAGGAACAAGAACAGGAACAAGAACAGGAACAGGAACAUGAAAAGGAACAAGAACAGGAACAGGAACAUGAAAAGGAACAAAAACAGGAACAGGAACAUGAAAAGGAACAAGAACAACAAGAACAACAAGAACAACAAGAACAACAAGAACAGCAAGAACAAGAAGAAGAAGAAGAAGAAGAAGAAGAAGAAGAAGAAGAAGAAGAAGAAGAAGAAGAAGAAGAAGAAGAAGAAGAA